GUACACAUGAGUAGAGAUGUUAUUGAAGGGCGAGUAUUGUGUAAAUGUGCCAUUCGAAGGCUCAGAUUCUAAAUCAUUCCACGUUUUAUCCAUGUUACAAUGUCCGAGCACGAGGACACAGAGCUGAAUCUUUUAUACGAAACACCAACUCAAGGCCGCUCUCAACAAGUUUCAAGGGCUCCUGAGGUUCAGUCUACUCUUGGGAAUACUAGUAAUGUGAAUGACUUGGCCGAUGCAGUAAGUUUAUUCAAAAGCGUCAUUGACUCUCAAUUUGCUUCUCUAUCUGAAAAACUUCUGACCGAGCAGAAAGUUAACGCUAAAAGUCUGUCAAAGAAGAUUAAAGAAAGUAAAAGUACACGUAUUCAGGGUGAAGGCAAUAGAAUUCAGUACACUUUUAACGAAGAAAUAAUUGAAGACCUAGAAAAUCUGUCUAUCAUCCUUAAAGACAGUUCGGCUGUAUCCGUCAUUAAAGAGAUUAAAGAAAAAUUGCAGAAACGUAAUAAACUCAUAAGAAUUGCAGAUAAUAGUCCAGCUGGUUGGAAGACCGUAAGAGAAUAUGAACAAAACGAUUAUGCAGACGACUCUGAUGACGAUAAAAAGAUACGAAGUGCGGAGUCACGGGCCAUGCGGCAGAAGUUCCGAGGCAGGGGACGUCCUACACCGUACAGCCGUCUGGUGUCAGCAGCGGCGGGGUCCCCGGCGCAGCUUUCCUCUGGUAGUUUUGGUGGUUAUCCUCUACUCAGUCAGCCCUUUCGUGCCUUUGGGGGUUCAAGGAGAACCCCACAGCCUUCAGACUUGUGUCACAGAUGUUUUAAGACCGAACACUGGAAAAGUCGCUGCCCCCUCAAUUACACACAAUCCACCACAGGGUCUGCAGGAGCAAGCACAUCAGGCGGUCAAUGA